AUGGGCCGCAGAGAUCGGUUCAAGGAGCGCUUCUCCAGGGUUUUUGGCAGUGGAACUAGCAGUGGAACUGACACCGCAGAUACGAAUGGACAUCAAUUACACCGACAGCAGGUUGAGAGUAGGGAACCUAAUGAACCACCAGACGGUACGGAUGGGGUAAACAAAUCGCCCGAAAACUUCAGGGGUCGCCAAAUUCUGGAUACACCAAUUCGAGAGCUGUGGAACAUGGCAUACGAGAAGCUCGGAGAGCAGGAUGGUGCACUCAUCGCAGACUAUGAAGCCAAGCUCACUGAAAGCAAAAUGGAAGAAGUCAACAAAGAUGAGUUGAAACCCGGAUCAGGAAACUUUAGAACUCAAGCAAAAGGCGCUAUGCAGCUUGUAUUGAACAUUGUCAAUUCAGCCAACGACUACAUCAGCAACGCCGCAAGCUCUAACCCCUAUACCUCAAUUGCUUGGACUGGAGUCAGCUUUCUUCUGCCACUUCUCACGAAUAUGUCGGAAGAGAAGACUACCCUAGCGAAAGGGUUAGAGUAUGUCGCUUCUCUUAUUGUGCAAAGCCAAAUGAGAGAAGAACUUUAUGUCGAAUGCUAUGAGUCUGGAACACACAAUCAUGAUAGAUUCCGGCAGUCUCACACUCAGUACAGGACUGCCUUAGAAGAGCUCUAUAUACACAUUCUGAGAUUCCAGGUUACGGCUUGUUGUCACUACGCAAAAAGCUCUGCUCUCCGUCACGCUCUUGAUGCUGUGAAAUGGAAAGACUGGGAUUUACUGAUUGACGAGAUUCGCGAACAUGAGCGCAAUUUUGCUGCCGCCGAAGUAACAUGGCGUGACAUACAGCGCUAUGAGGAGCAUUUGACAACAAUAGACACGUUCUCACAGAUGAAUGCAAAACUUUCCGCUUUAGAAGAUCGCGAGUUUGCUGAUCUGCUAAAAUGGCUAUGCGAUGUUGACCCCUCUUCAAUAUACAAUACAGGGCUUGAUAGACGAGAGGCCGGCACGUGUGAAUGGUUGAUCAAGAAUAGUGAGGAAUUCAAGACUUGGGAGACGAGUGACGGGUCAUUGUUAUGGCUCCAUGGCAAGGCCGGGUCCGGGAAAUCGAUAUUGAGUUCUUCUGUCAUUAAACACCUUCGAGAUAAAUAUGUAUCGGAACCGUCGACUGUGGUAUCAUACUUCUACUUUAGCUUCAGCGACCCGGAGAAACAAAAGGUUGAUGUCAUGCUCGCAUCCCUCACUAAGCAAAUCUGCUCUCGACAGACUCAGAGGUCACAAUUAACCGCACGCCUCCGACAGUACAAACUCAACGGCCAACGCCCAGAUACCGAGACGCUUGAGGCAGUGUUAAUUGCAUCCGCAUCAGAAUUCGCUAAUGUGUAUAUCGUUAUUGAUGCUCUUGAUGAGUGCCCACUACUUAAUGAGCAACGGGCAAAGCUGCUCAAGAGUUUACGGCGUAUACUUGCAAUUGCACCUAGCAAAUUCCACUUUUUCUUCACAAGCCGGAAAGAACCAGAUAUCGACGAUAAAAUACGCCCCAUCUUAUCCUCAACAGAUAAGAACGAAAUUGACUUAUUAGCUCGCCAGCAGACAAUCAACAGGGAUAUCAAUCACUACAUUGACUCUCAGCUUAACGGUGAUGAGUAUAAAUCUUGGCCGCAGAGCGUAAAGGAAGAAGCGAGAGAAUCACUCGUAGGGAAAGCUGACUGCAUUGUAUCAAGGUUCCAAUAUGUCCGGCUUCAGUUAGAAGCACUCCAGAGUCUCUCAUCCGAAUCUGACAUACGAGAGGCGCUUCUGAAUCUCCCCAUUGGACUUGACGCUACUUAUAAUAGAGUUCUAGAGAGUAUCCCACCAACUUUCCAAGAACGAGUCAUACACUCACUUAAAUGGCUCGCCUUUUCGAAAAGAGUCUUGCACAUCGAAGAACUCGCCGAGAUAUUCACUAUCCGCCAGCAUAAUAAUACUAUUACCUUCAAUGAGACAGAACGCCCUUUCACUCCUGCAGACAUUCUGAAGUACUUCUCCGGUCUAGUUAUCGCCCAAGAGGACAGGUUUUCUGAGUAUGAGGAAACCAGCACUCAAGUCCGGCUUGUCCAUUUCUCUCUGAAAGAGUAUUUAAUUUCCGAGAGAAUUCAGCAAGGCCCUAGCAAGGCCUUCUCAUUUAUAGAGCUUGAUGCUGAGCUUUCUAUUGUGCGGUCAUGCCUUGCCUAUCUGAAUCAUUUGAACAACUGGCUUGCGAGUUACACUUCACCUUCUCUCAAUGGCGACGUCGUGAACAAAUCAAAUCCCUUGGCGAGAUACGCAGCACAUUACUGGAUGACCCACCUGGAGGGGAUUCAACGAGUGUCAUGGUCACCUGAGAUCGAAAGUGACGCGAUGAGUGCACUGGCUGUUCAUAGCCGAAGUCUACUCACCCUACUCAUCAAGUCCGGUGCCAAUAAGUACGUUACGUCUGAAGAGCUGGAUGAAGCACUGCAGCAAAUGGCCUGUAUAGGAUCGAUAGAUAUGAUGCAGGUUUUUCUCGAAGCAGGCGCAGAUAUCAAUGCGCAAUGUGGUACAUAUGGCUCGGCUCUGCAAGCAGCUGCGGCAGAGGGACAUUUGGAUGCGAUCAAGUUUCUUGUGAACCGCGGAGCCGAUGUCAACAAUUCUUCGAAAAAGGGCGAAUGUUUGCUCACAUGCAUGCCUGAGGAGUCAAACGAGCAACUGCAGUUUCUCCUUGAGAGUGGUGCUAAUAUAAACAUGCAAAACAAGCACGGUGGGACAGCACUUCACAAGGCUAUAAUGCACGGUCACGAUGCAAAUGUUGAUCUACUAUUAAGAAGAGGCGCCGAUGUAAAUGUUUUAGCCAAUGAUGGCACGCCACUCCAGAUUGCGUGUUCAACUCGACUAUCAUAUUCCUCCGACAGGAUGACACUGAGGAAAGUACCGCUAUACGUGAAGAGGCUGUUGCAGUGCAAUGCGGAUCCGAACCUUCGGAAUGGAGAUGGGAUCACAGCGCUAGAGAUUGCGUGCGAUAACGAAGUCCUAUUCCCCAACUACCGAGUGGCAAUGGAGAUAAUACAACUUCUAGUCGAAAACGGAACAAUUGAAGAGGGGACUAUUAUACAGGGCUUUGUUGUUAAUGAGGACGAUCGCGAUGAUUGGGAUUGGAUGCAGGAGGGACAAUGGGGAGAAGGGCGUCCUGUAAGGAAGUCAGCAGUCGAGGUGUUGAAGCUGCUUCUUGAGAAUGGCGCCAGGAUCGACGAGCCUCCAGCUUUACACACGGCCUGCAUAUGGAGAGACAAAGAAAGGGUUCGUUGGCUACUGGACCAAGGCGCUGACGUGAACGCGAAGAGCGAUUCGCAUGGCACACCACUGCAUGCUGUUUUGACUCACACUAUAUAUGGUGGCCAAGUAACGCCAUUCUUUGGAGGUGCCUUCAGUUCGAAUCAGGAAAUAAGUGAAGAGACUGUGCCGAUUAUACAGUUGCUCAUAAACGAAGGGGCCCAGGUUAACCAAGUCGGUGGAGAACAUGGCACUGCUCUCCAGGCUGCCUGCUACAACGACGCGCUCAAUUUGGAGGUAGUCCGUUGUCUGCUCGAACAUGGCGCUGAUGUGAAUGCAAAAGGGGAGGAAUAUGAAACAGCACUUAUAGCUACAUGUGCAACUCGUAGAGAAGUAGACUUGGUUCGGCUACUCCUCGAACACGGCGCUGAUGCUAAUGCGGAGGGGGGAGAAUAUGGAACAGCUCUUGCAAGCGCCUGCAAAAGAGGAGCCCCUGAGUUGGUGCGACUGUUGAUUGAAUACGGAGCAAAUAUCCACCAGCGGGACUAUGCGGCCUGGGACGCGGCCGCUCGGAUACCACUAUAUCCUUUCGAAACGCCGAAACUUCCACAGAAUUGGGAUGGCAUCGAGAUGCUGGAACUUCUGUUUGAAGUAACUGAUACCAAUCACCGGCGUGGGGGGCUCGCCGCUGCUCUAAAUGCCACAAUAGAGAUGUGUGAUCUACGAAAAGAGAUACCAAAGCGGAGAUGGCACGAAAGAAUCUACUGGCUACUUGAACAUGGCGCCGAUGUCAAUGCCAAGGGUGGCAAAUAUGGCUUCGCACUUCAGACGGCAUGUGUGAGAGAACCCGAGCUUCUUGAUCUCAGGGAUAUCGAUGCCAACUCCUUCAUAACAAAAUUCCUUCUCGAGCAGUGCCCAAAUAUCAAUGUCAACAUACAAGGAGGUAUCUUCGGGUCAGCUCUCCAGGCAGCGGCUUUCUCAGGCCAGACGGAGUCAGUUAGGCUGCUAUUGGAUAGAGGGGCCGAUGUUGACGCACGCGGUGGGAAAUGCGGCAGUGCGUUGAACGCGGCAAUCUUUCGCGGCUAUUGGGAUAUUGUUGAGAUUCUUCUUCAAAGGGGGGCUACACCGGAUUAUUGUUUGCAGCAGCAGCCUGACGAAGAGUGGCUUCAACGUGUUAGAGAGAAGUGGUCAGAAGAAAUGGAAGAGGGGUGGCGUAAACGUGUUCGAGAAGUGGAUUGCCGAUGUGCUAUUGCGAGAUAUAGAAAGUUUUGGGAGGUUGAGAGUGGCUCUGCAACUGGGACUAAAUAA